UCAUAUGGCGAGGACCUCCUCGUUGAACGGAGGACGUGACCAAGAGAGCUGCUCUGGCCGCCAUUCAUCGCAGAAUCAAGGAACGGGAGCGGCUCGCAGUGAAUGCGAUGAUCCCGUUUUGGUGAACGGGAAACGGAGGCCGAAAGAGUGUACAAAGGCCAUUGAUGAAAGUGGAGCUACAGGGAGAGAGGCAUUUCGUUGAUCAAGACUCGCAGGUCGAUCGCACUCUCUUUGUUCUUCUCGAAUAGUAGAAGACGACGAUCCGAGAAGGAAAGAUUCUGGAUACAGAGAAUUCUGUUGCUAUUCUUCCAAAUUUGCGGGGGACAAUUGAGGAGCUUUCAGGACUUGAUCUGUCGGACUGUUUGAUAUUGGAGUUCAGCAACGAAGUUGUUCUAGCCCUUCUUGAAGAUGCAUUUUCCUCCUAGUAUCGAUCCGUGAAUUCCUUUGUUGAAUCGUACACGAAGAAGCGGCGAUCUCUGGAUUACUUACGCGAAAUCUGGUGAAAUCCCCACGAAAACAGGCGAAAUCAGGACAUUACUCAAGGACCUAAAACUCGAAGAAUCCUCAACGAAGGCAACCAAGAUCUUGGGUGUCGGAGCUACUCAAAUCAGGGACCUCCAGUUCACUACCGCUGUGAUCUCCUUUCUAUUCCUCUUUGGAAAUUGAUUUCCUGCCCUUGGAAGACAAAGAAACUACACCUUCUCCGCAGGCAAGGUACAAGAUCACAAAAAGGGAGCGAGGAGCGAUUUUCGCCUAUUCAUUGCAUGUCGAACGAAAGCUCUCGAAUUCUUCUCACUUGAGACCUGGGGAAGCAUUACGCCAACUCCGGGGCUUCGUGCCCAAAUUCUUCUUCUCCGCUUUCUUUUCGUCACGGAUCCAUCGGAGAUGGAAAGGGAGGCGUCGAGGUAUCGCUGUCGCGUGCGACGUAAGGGAGGAGGAGGUGGUGGUGGAGCAGUCGAACCGUCGCCUACGAACGAUACCGACAGGAAGGGGGCAUUGUCGCCGGAGUUGCUGUUGCAGUGGGGGAACCGGAAGCGACUACGGUGCGUCAAGUUCCAGCGCAGGGACGAUGACGCCGCAACCGGCCUCCACUCCACCACCGCUGACAUUGCCACUGCCCCCGCCGCCGCUGCGGCCGCUCGCGUCGACCGCGCCCUCCGGGGAGCCACCUCCGCCGCAUACAAGCGGGUCCUCAGGAACAAUUCAGAAGCGACGGGAGUUGCUACAAGAGCUAAACGUGAGGUGAGGGACAGGGUCGGCGGGGGGUCGGCUUACACUGAGGGGACGCAUGAGAAUAAAAGCGGUGGCGGCGGCGGAGGUGGAAGAAGAGGAGGAUCGCCGUCGUCUGGGAGCGACGGGGCUGCAACAAUAUGGUCCAAGUUUUCUCUGGCAUUGACGAACAAGGAGAAAGAAGAGGACUUCUUGGCAUUUAAGGGGUCCAAACUUCCCCCGCGCCCCAAGAAGCGAGCUAAGCUCCUCCAGCGGACAAUCAACUUGGUGAGCCCAGGUGCAUGGCUUUGUGAUCUGACAUUAGAUCGGUAUGAAGUCCAGGAGAAGAAGAUAUCAAAGAAGGUUUGUAGUUUCUUUCCGCAUACAAUUAGAAUUAAAAACUUCAGAAUUUGUCAGAACAGAAAUGAUUAAAUUGACAACCGCAACACCUUUGGUUUUUUGUUCUUAUCUGUUCUUUUACAGAGACCAAGGGGGUUAAAGGCAAUGGGAAACAUGGAAAGUGACUCAGAAUAGCAUAAAAGGAGAAUAAAAAAAAAAUUGAAAGAGCAGUCAAAAGAUUGAAGUCGUGUGCUAAAGUGGUUAUAUGCAUGGGAUGUUCAGAACUUAGGGUACCUUUGUUUUGUUCAGUUUAAAGAUAAGAUGAGGAUGGGAAAGAAAGUAGGAGCAACUAGUGAAAUUGUCAGAAUUUUACCAUUAUGCAAAUAGAAGUACCAGAAGCAAUCUCAUGUAGUAACACUAGAAGAUGCAGAUAUCGAGCUUGUAAUUAUUUCUAUUUGUCUUCCCUUGUGGUCUCUUUAUGGUUAAUGAAACUAUUCAGGAUGAAGGAAUGCCAUCUGUCUUGUUGUUGAGUAAGUCUGAUGUAUUUGGUUACAGUCAAGCUAGCUUUAGCUGUGCUGUUCGUUUUUCCUUUUUCCCAGCUUAUCAUCUACUAAUCUGCAUCUUUUGGUCAGCUUCUGUUAGCGUGAGAUUGAGCAGGGUAAAGUCAGCAUAGGAUUGGGAGAAAAUCAAAUACAGGGAUUACAACAUUUUGGCCCCAUCCCAGGUUUAGGCUACUGUUGAUGGUGUAGAAUUAGAUUGUCUGGGAUUCAACUGCUAGGUGAACCAUUACAAGGUCUGUCUUGGUUGCCAAGUCAAACAUGCUCAGGUUCAUGAUGUCCAUUUGCAAAGGCAUAAAGCCACCAUUGUACUUUCAAUUAUAUGUGUACCUCUUGUUGUGUUUUGAGGCUGCAGGCCACAGAAGCUUUCGUAGCUGGAUUCUGGAUCACAGGAUGCCAGCUGAGACAAUCACAUCUUCAUGAGGUGCAGGUUGUGGCACUGCAUGGGUACUUCAAAAAAAAAGUAGCGUUUCCAGGUACUUCAUUAAUUGAGGCCAUCUAGUUAAGAUGUCUCCCUUCUAAAUGAUGGAACUUUGAUGAGAUGCCAUUUGGAUCGCCUGUAGCUUCCGGCACUUCGAUUGUGAAUUUGAGUAACAUAGUUUCUCCUUGAAACGAUAAUAUUUAUGUCGCAUUUAUUUAGAAAUAGUUGCCACUUGAGACAAUAAUAUGCUUGCAUAAUUUUUUUUGUCGUUCUGCAUGUAAUUAAUUGCCCAUUAUUUUGAUCCACAAAAUUCACAA